GCUGGGUCCAUAGUACUACUAUCCUGGGCAGCUCCUUAGAUAUUCUCCUCUAUCAUAAUUGUACAUAAAGAGCCUUUGUUUUGGUCAAGUAUCAGCUGAGUUGGUGCAAGAAGGGAGCUGAUGCCUGGGGUGGGGAGUGAGGGCAUGGAGGGGUGCUUGUGAUCAUCUGAUGGAGGAAUGGACGCAUGCUGUGCUGAAUCUGGGAGGAGAGGCUGCAGAAGUCAAGUUGGCAUAAUGGUGUCUCAUAUUCUACUCAUUGUUGUUGCUUUUGCUGUAUUUCUAACCCAGAUUGUACUAAGUAGACUGUCAGAUUCUCUGCUUACACUUGCAGACUCGGCACAUACGCUUUCUCUUAUAGUUGCUCUGUGUCCAACCAUCAUCCUUUCUCACUCGUCGUCCUUGUCUUCCCAUGCUCAGGCCCGUCUUCCCACACUCUUCUCCUUCCUGUCCCCUCUCCUGCUCUCCUCCCUGUGUCUGGCUCUCACUUUAGGCUCCCUGGGACAUCUGGUACAUCCUCAUCACUCUCAUCAGCCAACUCUCAUCUUUGUGGCUGGGGUGCUGGGUCUGCUCUUCAACGUGACCUAUCUGGCAGUAACAGGAGCCCUGCAAGGUCUGUGUCUAUCAACAUUACUUCAUCAACAACAACCAAGAUGGCGUCAAGUGCUGUGCCUGUUGUGUUCUCUGGCUCCUUCUUCCCUCCUCCUGGCCAGCAGUUUGCUUCUUCACCUGUUCACUCACCCCACCGUACACUACUUGGAUCCGGCUCUCUCCUUGGCUUCCAUAGCAAUAAUGGUGGCUUCGGUUUACCCAGACAUAGUUCAUAAUGGCCGUGUCCUCCUCCAAGCCAUUCCUGCCUCUGCGAAUAUACAAAGCCUUAAGAUGGAUUUAGAUGCCCUCUGUGGCCAUAACGGACAUCAUGAACUUCAUAUGUGGGCCCUUUCUGGUGACCAUGGGGUGGCUUCCCUCCAUGUUCAUUGUCUUGAAAUGGAGGCUUACAAGACUAUUUUAAGUCAAGCCAGAGUUCUGUUCAAGCGCCAUGGCAUAAGAGAGCUGACGGUACAACCAGAAUUUGGAGUUCCAGGCACAUGUUCCUUGGCAUGUGAACCAGUCUGUGCCCGUUACUCCUGUUGUGACCCUACCCCUUCUACGAGCAAUGAUUUGGUCCUGGCCAAUGUGUGCACAUGAGAUUUCAGUAAGACGCCACAUCAGUCAACCCAGUUCACCAAUAAGGCACUAGAGAACUAAUGGAAUUUGGAAAAUGGAGUCACUGUACAUAUAGUAUUAACAGGUGGAAGUAGAGACUUUAUGGACAACCAAUUACAAAUCCUAUAAAAUGUACCUGUAGUCUAUGCACA